AUGGGGAUGUCUACUACUGAUCAGCCUUGGGGGUGUCUGAAUUCUAGCAGCAACAUAACUUCAAAACCAAGUAGAAACAGUUCUUCUCAUCCUAGAGCUCCUGUAGAGGUUGUUUCUUCGGCUCAAGUUAAUUUUCUGCGGCACUUUAAAAGAUUUGACACUGUUGAGGAUUUCUCAGAUCAUCACUAUGUUUCUAAGGGGAAUGCUUCGAAGCAGCACUCAAAGACUUGGGUGAAAAAGGUUCAAGUAGAUUGGAAGAUAUUUCUUGAGAAUAAUUUGCCAGAGACGAUAUCUGUGCGAGCUUGUGAAUCAAGAAUGUAUCUUAUGAGAGCUGUAAUUAUUGGAGCAGAGGGGACUCCUUAUCAUGACGGUCUUUUCUUUUUUGAUAUUCACUUCCCUGAUAACUAUCCUUCAGUGCCACCAAUGGUUCAUUACCAUUCUGGUGGGCUUAGAAUCAACCCAAAUCUAUACAGCUCUGGUAAAGUAUGCUUGAGUCUUCUCGGUACCUGGAAUGGUAACCCGAGGGAGCAAUGGCUACCACAGGAGUCCACCAUGUUACAGCUUCUCGUCUCAAUCCAAGCACUCAUCUUGAAUCAAAAACCAUACUUUAACGAACCUGCCUACGAGCGGACCAAGGGGACUCCAUCAGGCGAGGCUUAUUCCAAAGUUUACAGUGAGAACGUAUACAUAUCGUCAUUAAGAACGAUGGUUUACGGCAUGAGAAAACCACCAAAGCACUUUGAAGAGUUUGUUCGUAGCCAUUACUUUGAGCGGGCUCACGAUAUUUUGAAAGCAGCCAAUGGUUAUAUAGACGGUGCUCCUGUUUGUUCCAUAGUUAAAGGAACUAGCCAGGUCGAGUCCAUGAAAUUUAGGACCGAAGUGGCUGUCUUUAUGAAGACAGUUGUGGAUGAGUUCGUUAAACUAGGAGUCAAUGAGCUUGAAGAUAUACCGGAACAACCACCUGUCAUUCAUACUGACACAUCGAGGUAA